GAGGACAGUGGAUGGCUUUUUUGGAGACUGAUGGUGCGUGGGAGACGGAGCGGAGACACAAAGAGGCAAGUGAUCCUGUUUAUUCUGUGUAUUUGCGUGUCUCAGAGUGGGGCUGAAACCCUCCGCUACUCUCUGCCGGAGGAAAUGGAGAGGGAUUCCUUUGUCGCCAAUAUCGCAAAGGACCUGGGGGUUCCCCUGAGCCAGCUUGCAGCUCGCAAGGCCCGCGUUGUGUCCGGGGGGAACGAGCAGCUUUUCCGACUCAAUCAAAACACCGGAAUCCUGACAGCAAGGGAAUCGCUGGACCGAGAGGAGAUCUGUCCGCAGAGCGAUACCUGCACGCUCGUCUUUAAGAUAUUCUUUGAGAAUCCAUUGCAGCUUAUCCGAGGGGAGGUGGAAGUUCGUGACGUAAACGACAACUCGCCCGUGUUCCCGGAGAAGGAGAUGGUUUUAGAGAUUCUAGAAACAGCAUCUCCUGGGUCCCGUUUUCCCCUGGAGAGCGCGCAGGACAAGGACGUGGGCAUUAAUGGUUUGCAGAACUACAGCCUCGAGCCCAAUCCUCAUUUCUCCCUCGCUAUCGGAACAGCGAAAGAUGGAGUAAAAUACCUGGAACUUGUCCUACAGAGCCAGCUCGAUCGGGAAGAGAAGGGAGAGCUGAAUUUGCUUCUGACCGCCACCGACGGGGGGUCACCACCCAGGUCGGGCACGGCUCAGGUCCGCAUCGUGGUACUGGAUGCCAAUGACAACAUCCCUGUCUUCGAAAGAGAAACCUACGAGGUGCGCCUGGCUGAGAACAGCCCCCUGGAGCAGCUGGUGGUCAGAGUCACUGCCGCGGAUCCCGAUGAAGGGUCCAACGGGGAAGUGCGUUAUGCCUUUACCCAGACACCAGAGCGAUCCCGGCAGCUCUUCCAGCUGAACCCGACCACCGGUGAAAUACGAGUCGCGGGCAAGCUGGAUUUUGAGGAAGCAAAAUCCCACAAGAUGGUGGUGAAAGCCACAGAUGGCGCGGGGCUUUCUGCGCAUUGCAAAGUGCAGGUGGAGGUCCUGGACGUGAAUGACAAUGCCCCGGAGAUCGCGCUCACCUCCCUCACCGCCUCCAUCGCCGAGGACGCCCCGCCGCGCACCGUGGUGGCUCUGUUCAGUGUCAGGGACCGGGACUCCGGGGACAACGGCAGGACAGAGUGUUCCAUCGACGGGGACUUGCCGUUCAGUCUCACCCCCACUUUUGAUAAUUACUACGAACUGAGAACAAGCGCGGCUCUGGACAGGGAGAGGACAGCGGAAUAUAACAUCACCAUCACUGCCACGGACUGGGGCACGAAGCGGCUGAGCUCUCAGGAAAUCAUCUUCGUGCAGAUAUCGGAUGUGAACGACAAUGCACCCACCUUCACCCAGGAGGUUUACACCAUGUCUGUCGCGGAGAACAACAGCCCCAUGCUCCGGAUCGGCAGCGUCAAGGCCACGGACGACGACACAGGAGAAAACGCCCGUGUGAACUACGCACUGGUGCGGCAGGAGGGCAAAGAGCAGCCCGAAAUAUCAGUCAACGCUGAAAACGGGGAUGUUUAUAUCCUCCGCCCGCUGGACUAUGAGAAGGUGCGCGCCUUCGAGGUGACAGUGCGCGCAGCCGACGGCGGCUCCCCGCCGCUCAGCGCCCAGGCCGUGCUGCGCGUGCUCGUGCGGGACGAGAACGAUAACGCGCCCGUGCUGCUGCACCCGCCCCCCGACAGCAGCGCGGCCGGAGAGCUGGUGCCGCGCUGGGCACCGUCCGGCUACCUGGUGGCCAAGGUGGUGGCGGUGGACGCGGACGCGGGUCAGAACGCGUGGCUGUCGUACGAGCUGGCCAAGGCCACGGAGCCGGCGCUGUUCCGCGUGGGGCUGCACAGCGGCGAGGUGCGCACGGCGCGGGCCGUGACAGAGAGGGACGCGGCGCGGCAGAAGCUCAUCGUGCUGGUGCGGGACCGCGGGCAGCCACCGCGCUCUGCCACUGCCACCCUCGCCGUGGCACUGGUGGACGAUUUCUCCGAUGCCUUCCACCAGCUUGGCCACGAUCCUGCAGGCGGACAGCUGCCGCAGGUGGCAGAGGAGGAAAUGCUCACGACUUACCUCAUCGCCUCCCUGUGCUGCGUCUCGUCCCUUUUCGUCUUCCUCGCCACCGCGGUGGCCGCCCUGGUAGUGAAGGUGCGGCGAGCCAGGCGGAACGAGACUGAGACUUUGCCCACGUUCCCCACGAGCGCCACGGAGAGCACCGCGGGCUCCCUGCCCCGCAGCUUUGUGUACGACGUCUGCUUCGCCGCCGGCACCGUCAACAGCGAGUUCCGCUUCCUCAGGCCCCUGUUCCCCUGCUUCCCCGCCGGGCUGCCCCCCGGGCCGGGCGAGCAGCGGAGCUCGGUGUGCUCGCAGGACGCGGCCACCCUCGGGGGCGAGGGAGGCUGGAUUGUGCAGGGCAGUGCUCCCCUCCCUGAAGAUGCGGGGCCUAGAGCUGCAGAUGCAGUUUGCCCUGCAAACAGGGAGCUGGAGCUAAAUGUCAGUUCUGAGCAAAACCCUUGGCUCGCCCAUCAAUGAGUGGAGAGAAACACAAGUUUGUCUGUCCUCACAGAAAAGGAAACAAAGAGACCAAAACCUUUCCUAGAAGGUACCAGGGAGAUGAAGCCUUCUCUGUGACAGUACUUUCCCCUCGAGCAGUAUUUUAUUCACGUAGUUAUUUUGUAAUUGUGAUGUCGAUGGAGGAGGAGAAUCGUGCUGCAUGUUAAUGACAUAAUAAUGUAUGAUCGUGAGAGUGCUCCUGCUUCUAUAUACUUCGAGAAAUACUGAAAACUGGCAGCAGAUCUUUAACUUCUUGUUACACAGGCUUCUCUGGGGGGUUUCCUUUUGUGCUUUGUUUGUUUCUUUUUAUGGAGAGAGCUUUGUAAUAAUAUCUAAAUUUUCUGCCGUGUAUUCGACACCAGGCUAAACAGAAUUUAUGCAAAAUUAAGUGGUGCUUGCAAAGGAAUUUUUUACAAAAUAAGCAGAAGCUGUCUACAUUUCGAACGGCUGUCAUUGGCACAUUUGGCAUAUUUGACCAGGAUAUUACAGGUUCUCCUAA